UUUGCGGCGCCAGUGUUGGCUAUCGACCUUGCGUUUCGGAGGGAUGCUGCGCCCCUAAUGGCUGUCGUCUCACCGUCUCAACUCACAAUGCUCUCGUGAUUAUCGUCUGUUGGAUUUUCAAGAUGAAAGGAAGACUGCUGAUAAUAUUUUUCGGCAUCCUUAGUACAACCAGCGGCAAAUCGGUGAUAAAGACUUUCGAGGCAAAUCCUGACACGAAGCGGCUGUACGAUGAUUUGUUGUCGAAUUACAACAGGCUUAUUCGACCCGUCAUCAAUAACACCGAAACACUCACCGUGUGGCUUGGCCUGAAGUUGUCACAGCUUAUAGAAAUGAACCUAAAGAAUCAGGUGAUGACCACAAACGUAUGGGUUGAACAGAAAUGGUUUGACUACAAGCUACGAUGGGAUCCAGAGGAAUACGGUGGAGUUGAAAUGCUCUACGUACCUUCGGAAAAUAUCUGGCUACCCGAUAUCGUGCUUUAUAAUAAUGCAGAUGGAAAUUAUGAAGUAACCCUAAUGACCAAGGCAACUCUGAAGUACACCGGCGAAGUCUUUUGGAAACCACCAGCCAUUUACAAGUCUUCCUGUGAGAUCAACGUCGAAUAUUUCCCUUUCGACGAGCAAUCCUGUAUCAUGAAAUUUGGUUCUUGGACCUACAACGGAGCGCAGGUGGAUUUGAAACACAUGGAGCAGGUUUCCGGCAGUAAUUUGGUUCACGUUGGUAUCGAUCUUAGCGAGUUUUACCUGUCGGUAGAAUGGGACAUUCUGGAAGUACCGGCAGCUCGUAACGAAGAAUACUACCCCUGCUGUACCGAACCCUACUCCGAUAUUACCUUCAACAUUACCAUGAGAAGAAAAACCCUUUUUUACACCGUCAAUCUGAUAAUUCCAUGCGUUGGGAUCACGUUCCUGACCGUCCUCGUAUUCUACCUUCCCAGCGACUCCGGGGAAAAGGUUGCCCUCUGCGCUUCUAUCUUACUCUCGCUGACGGUGUUCUUUCUCCUUCUCGCCGAAAUUAUUCCACCAACAUCCCUGGCCGUACCUUUGCUCGGAAAGUACUUGCUUUUCACGAUGAUACUCGUCACCCUGUCAAUCUGGGUUACCGUAUGCGUACUCAACGUUCACUUCAGGUCGCCUUCCACGCACAACAUGUCUCCGUGGGUUCAACGAGUUUUUUUAAAUUGGAUGCCUCGGGUUCUAAUGAUGCGACGCACGCCUUACUCUACACCCGAGUACGACGACACUUACUUGGAUAACGGCUACACCAACGAAAUCGAUUUCAGCUUUCGCGAUAGCAUCAGCGACUAUCCUUCGGAACUGAAGGGUAGCCCGGAGGGUUUUGAGAGCGUAGCCGCUGCCUACAAGAACGCCCUCGAAGACGAGGGUCGACAUGCCCCUCAUGCUUCCGUAACUGACAGCGAGAAUACGAUGCCACGACACCUGUCUCCUGACGUCAUAUCCGCGCUCCAAGGUGUCCGGUUCAUCGCACAGCAUAUCAAGGACGCCGACAAAGAUAACGAAGUGAUCGAGGAUUGGAAGUUCGUUGCAAUGGUUUUGGACAGAUUUUUUCUAUGGAUUUUCACUCUUGCCUGUAUCGGGGGCACCAUGGCUAUCAUCUUCCAAGCGCCGAGUCUCUACGAUACGAGGAAACCUGUGGAUCAACUUUUGUCGGGUAUUCCAUUGAGAAAAAGCAACUGGCUUCCGCCCGAAGUAUUCGUCCCUGAUGACUGAAUCACACUUAUGUAUAAUCAACGAAUUUCACACUUAGCCGAAUAAGGAUUGUAAUUACGGAAAAUUCUCAAUAAAAGAAAUUUUCAGA